GUUUUCAACAAUAAUAUUCGAACUCUACUGUAUCAAAUACACCUUGUGUACACGUGUAAUCAAAACUAUGAUUUUAUUACGCGGUUGUUGUUUUUUAGCAUCACGAAAGUGAACACAAUUGGAAGCGAUUUUUUACUUGUUGGACAUCGUAGCAACAUACUGGUGAAGGAUUGCAACUGAAUAGAACAGAAUUCGUUGUGUGCUGGAGUGAUACAAUGGUCAACAUUUUACAAGUCUUGUGAUCAGAAAGGAUACCUGUGUUGCUCUUUUGUUUCAAGCUGAGAACACAGCUCUGCUCAAAGACAAUGGAAGAAGAUAAGGAGCAACAUGACUACAUCGCACUGGAGGAAAUCCCCCAGCCCACCAGCCCCGAAAUACCUCCCUCACCGUCCAUCAACGGACAAUCAGAAAUAACAGAAGAGAUCGAACUCGGUGAAGAAAUCUCCAUCGAAAACGACGACCCAAAAGACACUCCCGAAGAAGAAAAGGUACGGGGUUCACCGAGCAUCGAGGAGGAAACACCGCCCGUGGAAAACAGCCCCGAAGACGGCGCGGAGGAUCCCAUACCAGCCACCCGUACUAUCAUAGUCACCCCUCAACCUCCCGAAAACGCUGAUGUCGCUGAAGUUGACGCAAACGAAAAUGAGAAAGAAGCCGCCCCGGAUAAACCUCCCCUGGCCCAAGAGAAACCUCCCCUGACCUCAGAGAAACCUCCCCUGGUCCCGUCCCCAGCCUCGUCCAUGCAGUCACUGAGUGUCCGGAGCGCCAGCCCCGAUGAGGACCCAGUCACCAUCAAGAAGAAAGGUGGUUCCUCCCAGCCUCCAAGAUUCAAGAAUGAUGUGGAGCCAGCGGAGUACAUACGACCCGUAGCUGGUGGCCAUAAUAGAGCCAUCUCAUCGGUGCAUUGUAAGGCGAUGCUGGUCAUCAUGAGUACGUCAAUCAUCGUUGUCUUUGUGGUCAUUGGGAUGGUCAUACUGCAAGGGGAAGACGAAGUGUUGAGUGAUCCCAACUUAAAGGAACUACAUGGCGAGUUUAACAUCACCAACAUGCUCGACAACAACACGUACAGCGAUAAGGACUCGUCAGAGUCUCACCAACUAACAAACUACAUGGCGAGUUUAACAUCACCAACAUGCUCGACAACAACACGUACAGCGAUAAGGACUCAACUACAUGGCGAGUUUAACAUCACCAACAUGCUCGACAACAACACGUACAGCGAUAAGGACUCGUCAGAGUAUCACCGACUCUCAGGACUUUUUAUUCAAACGAUGAAUGAUACGUUUGAAAUCAGCUUGGAUUUCAAAGACUACUAUAAUAAGACCACUAUCUCAGAUAUAGGGCAGUGGACGUUGGACGGUCCAUCCACGAUGAGACCCAGUAUAGAGUUCAAGUUAUACGUCAAAUUACCAAAACUGAAUAACACCCUACCGACCGGUUAUAACGAGACGGUUGUCACCACAUCGGAAACCACUACGUCAUCGCCAAGUGUACCCCUCGUCAUUUAUGACGUCAUCGAUUACGUCAUCAAUGCUACAAAGAGUAACUCGUUUGGUAACUUCGAGGGCGAAAUGUUGUUAAGUCUCGCAUGAAUAAAAGAAAUUACGGUCCCACUCAAAUGAAAAUAAACUUUUAAAGGUAUGGACACAGGACUGGUAAUAAAAAAAACAUCGCUGCUUAAAGUUCAGCAUGGAAGCUUGUUAACUAAUAUUAAGGUUCAUACUGGAAUAAUUGUUUAAUAUGAAAUAGUUCCUGAAAUAAAGUUUUAUAUUCGAGAACACUGCUAUUGAGACACCUUUAAUAAAAACGCACCUGCGGAUUUUGGUUGUUACAGCCAACAUUAAGGACGAUGUAUUUACAUGCUGAAAAUUGUGCAUUUUUCACAUUUUUUCCCCAAACUAACCACGCUGAUUAAGCCCGUUUUUUACAGGUUCGUCGUUUCAUGUAUUUGCUUGAUUGCACAAUUAAUCAUGAACGUUACAUGUGACUAUUUUUGUCAGCUCUGUAUAAAAAAUCUUCAAAAUAUUUUGAGGUAAAAACAACAUGCUUUAAUUAUGAGCUUUAUCACCAUGCAAUUUAAAUUUGAAAGUGAAAUUGCGAGUACAUUUUUCGUAUUGUUUAUUUUUACAGUUCUUUUGUGAUAAAGUGCGAUUGCUUUAAAAUAGAUCAGGAAAACCUUAAGUAUCCUAGCAACAAAUUUAGCAAACUGGCAAACAUUUUGCUGCUGUAAACCUUGAUUCGAAGAUAACCUUUAGCUUUAUAUGUAUAAAUUGAUGCGCUUAUAGCAAAUGUAUAGUUAAAGUUAUAAUUAUAAGCAAUAUGUAAAUACAUAUUUGUACUAUAUUGUAAUCAAAACAAAUUAUGAUAAAGGAGUAUUUGUAAAUUUGAAUGUUUUAAACUAAUAAUGGGCAAUUAAAUAGAGCUGGUACAGGUGUCCGAGGGAAUUCCGUCUGCCAGAGAUUUUGUUCCCGACAUGGGAAAUUAACAGGAGCUUGAGGAGGAGGUUUCAAAAGAGGGCGCCAUCAUGAUAGCAGAAGAAGUUUGUACAUAGUUCGCCAUGGGGGGGGGGACACACAAUCUCCUGCCACACAGGCGCUAUAUCAUUGUCCAUCGCCGCUAAAUUUGUUUAUGGAGAUGUGUAAGAUAUUGUUAACCAGAUGUAAAAUUUAAACUCAAGUAAACAACAUGGUUUGUUUACCCUCUAAUAUUUAGCAUGAUCAGUAUUUUUGAAAGGCUUAAAAGUUCAAUUGUACAGGGUUUCAUAAAAAGUACUAUGCUCCUUCCAGGGGCACAUUGGGUUAAAAAAUAGUUUUUAUAAUCGGCCAAGUUGGAGCCAUGGUCUAUCGUUGACCAUAGUUUCACUAAGUUUGCCCGAACUCUGUUUAGUCAAGAAAAGGUGGACUACGCUAACUAGUCGACUUUAGAGUUGCCAUUCCCAAAACAAAUUCCUGAUUUACUUUUAAGGUUUUGUGAAUUGCUUUAGAAGAUUAAAACAGAGACAGUGUCAAUUUUGAUGUAGGCCUAUGUAAAACAAAUCAGGGCUUAGUCGAUCGCAGGUUUUCAAUAGCCGUUUCAUAGCACAGUGCAGAGUGGACCCAGUUAUCAAUGGAAAACGUGCUUUGCUAACGUAGAUUUCACCAAAAUCUUCCUAACUUCGAUUUAAUCUUAGGACUUGGGACGAGUUAGGUUCCGUAUACGAAGACGUAUAGGAGGCAUUGGAUCCAUCCUAAGUUAAGACGGGUUACUCGAGUUAGGAUUAAUCCUAGCGUUUCGUGAAAUCGGCUGCGAUCACGUUGACAUGAUAUGACUAGAGUUGUUUGUAUUUCAAAGGAACACGUUGCCUUUGAUCGGUCGACUUGGUCUCUAUAAAGCGUUUAUCGGUCCGUUUGUUAUAUUAUGCUCAGAAAGAUAUUUUAAAAGUAGAAUAAUGAUCCACACUCGAAAGUGUGUGGUUUUGCUUUUACCUCGUCGACAAACACGGUUGGCCAUGCAAUUU